CUUUUCCCGAAACAACAGUUUACAUCCAGGCCAAAUGUAACCUUUGGACAAUACGAAAAAACAGCUAACUGGUAUGCAAAUGUGUCUUGGGAUCCAGUUAAAGGUGUGUACCGAACUCAAUUUGUGACAAUUUCAUUAUAACUAUGUUAGUGAACAGAAUCAUAAGACACUCCCCCUUAACUCUGGUAAUUAUUGUCUUUGAGUAGUAAUUGGCAUUUUCUCAGCUUCCUCGAAUGUUCAGAAUCAAAUGCUUUCUAUAAGGGGGAAGGGAAUAUCCAAUUUGGGCCAACUAACGUUAUUCCCGGAUUGGAUUCAUUAACCUUAGGUCACAUGUUGCUAGGGUUUUAGUUAGUUUUCGUUCUUGCUUCGAGGGUUUUUGCCGGUUCUCUAGAGUUCUUUGGUUUAGUUCAGCCGGAGAUUUAGCUCUGUAGUCUACACGCCACGUUCCAAUUCGGCAAGUUCACCAGUAACUGAUUUAAUUUAUUUAAUUAAGGUAUAGAACUACUUUGGAAGCAAUCAUGAACAACACGAUAUCUUGCUGGAACUCAUAAAAUACACAAUGAUUUGCUUGUUUGUCAUUUUUUACAAGAAGAAACACUGGUAGUGGUACGUAGGGACCUUUUUUUCCUCAAAUAAAAUGAUUUUUAGCAUUUUACUCAUGAAAUACUUGUAGCGAAAAUAAUUUCUUGAUCGUAAUCGAUUCUAGAAUCUGACAGUGUCCGAUCUUUUUUACCUUGCAUUGUUAGAUCCUGAUGGCGUUUUGAAAGGUUACAAGUUUGAGUUAGAUCUCGGUUCUGAUCCAAGUGUACUUUGCUCUGUGCUGCCUAAGGUAAGAAAACGGGGGACUUCUCUUACAUCCUGUUCAGCUUCUACCGGUAGACUUUGAUCCUUUGGGUUCGGUAAACAGAUUCGAGGGGCCUUACUUCGCCAAUUGAAAUAAUUUUAGUUAAAAAUAUUUUGAUUCUUUCCUGGCUGGUUUAGAGUUGAGAUAAUCUCCAAAUGUUGAUCACAUGAUAAGCUAGUACAAUCGCAGGAAUACCCUCGCUGUACUGGUCUUCCUCAAAAAUUAUCAUUGCGAGAGUAACGAGCAGUGUGAACUGCUAUUACUGUUAAAACUUCCCAAAAUGUCUAAGAUACUGGUUUCCUUGUGUUUCGGUUUUGCACCAUUUAAAGUAAUAGAUGUAUCACUCGAAAGAUACAUAUCAAGAUGAGGGCUUUUAACCCUUUAUACCCUAACAUCAGUAUGAAUAUUCUCCACACUGUUCUUUAUACAUUUCUUAAUGUUCUGACUCGGAGAAUUUGGUUUACAAUCAAGAGUUGUAUUUGGUGAUCAUUUCGUUUAUUCUUCUGAUCUUAAUGUUUGAUUCAGGGAUGAUAUUGUAAGGAGGAGUAAGAUGCUAUUCCUGCCAUUACUUUCUUUCCUGUAGAAUCAAACGUCUCUCAGCAUUAAUAUCUCUCACUAUGGCUAUACUUACCCGGACCUAAUUAAUCUCUUGGUGAGUGAAAAGAUUUUGACAAUUUGAUGUUUUUAUUUCCAUCGUCCUUCCGAUGUCUGCCUUUGACGCCCCUUGCAAGAAAACUAGUGCCUAAUAGUGGAAAAUAAGAAGCCAUGAUUCACCUAUUUAUUUAUUAAUUCAUUUUCUUUCUUUAUGAAGAUUCAAAGCAUACCCUCCAAUGUAACUGUUUCUGAGAUGGAAAGAUAUGUUAACGACGUAAGAAGUAGGUAUAGUUAAUUGCAAUCACUAAAGUUCCUCCUUGCCUGCGAGCUUGUACUCAUUAGUGAUGCAGCACAAGCAGCGAACAUAAAUCAGUCAUCGUAAUUGGUUUUUUUUUUUCUUAUAAUCACGAGAAAAACAUUAAUUCUGAAGCCUUCUGUCUCUGUCUUGUCCAAGAUAGAAUGUUUUGACCGUCGAAAGAUGGGGCCAAACAUCGAGGAAGCUUAUCGGAUGAUAACUUUAUCGCAGUGAAGUUGACUGAAUAUGUUGUUUUGCUACUUCUCAUUGUUGAUCUAAUAUCUGAAUCUUGAUAUUCCAUUACAGUAGCAACAUCAACACAAACAACAAUAGCAAAAACAACAGUAAAAACAUCAACAGCUUCUAAAGCACCAACAAAAGAGACGACAAAGAAAGGUGAGACGACUUAUAUUUUAGUCAGGAUCCUUGUAAAACAGUUUAUCUUUGAGUAAAUAGACUAAUGAGAUGAGAAAAGAUGUUUUUUCAUCUUGCCUCGAGCAUGGCUCAAAGGAGACUUUAGAAGGAAUAGAACUACAGACCUUUGAAAUCCGCGCUUUACUGCUCGACCACUGAGGCACAGAGAACUCUCUUCUUAGGUGGGCCAAUACUAGGUUCUUUGUCUCACGCUCGAUAUGAGACAACAAAAAAAUACAUUUUUACUUUUCUCAUUACUAACCUCAAAAUUAGCCAUCCUUCUUAUUUUAUCUUUAUUCAGGUACUAACAAAACCAUCCAGUAUGUGUCCAUUUUCGUUGGUUUGGCGGUUGGUAUCCUUUUGGUAAUAGUUGCUGUUGUCGUACUUAGAAAGUUCUUUUUGUGUCGCAAGACGAGAGAUCAACCGGGUUUGUAUUCAAUUUUCCUUUCAUACUUGUACUCAAUAAAGCGAUCACGUGGGUGAUCACUGGGUACAGGGGGAUUUUAUAAUUGAACGCUUUGACUCAACCUGCAGGUCUAUUGCGCUCUUAUGCGUCUUUUGGCGAGAAAGGAAAAGAAAAAAAGGGUGAUCACUGGGUACAGGGGGAUUCUGUGAUUGAACGCUUUGACUCAACCUGUAAGUCUAUUGCGCUCUUAUGCGUCUUUUGGCGAGAAAGGGGAAAAAUAUGUUGUGACCAUUACGAAAAAAAGUUGUGAGAAAGAAAACGAUAAUGACCUUUUUAAUCUUUUAUUCUCAGGAGAUGAGACAAAAAUUAUAUCUGAUGACGAAGGUUUGGAUUGA